ACAACAAUUUCAAUUCCAUCGAAUGCAGUAACUGAUUAUAAUCUCACAAUCCCUACUGCACAACAAGGACGCGAUGAUCCGUGGCGCUGCGUUCCCGCUCUCGCCCCACCCAGCCAGGAACCCCACCAAAAUUUCCAUGCCCGACCUAAACCAACUCUCUCACCCCCCAAGCAAAACGACAACAAACGCCAGAUAACACGAACCGGUCCGAUAUUUCUCCCGGUCUAGUCAUUCCGUUAGACGUGCAUGAUACCAACCCCAGUCCCGGUCAACGAGUCGUGAUUUGCUGUUCGACCUGGUGUGGUAACAAUGGUGUACUAUUUCAGCUCCAACACUGUCUCCCCCUCCGCCUUCAUCUAUGUCGGCAAGGAUAAGGUGGAAAAUGAAGAGCUUAUCAAACAUGGCUGGCAAGAGGAUGUAUGGUUCCACGUUGAUAACUUGUCAUCUGCGCAUAUUUAUGUGAGAUUGCCGGAAGAUCAGGACUGGGAGCACAUGGACCAGGCGCUGUUGACCGAUUGCGCGCAAUUGACCAAAGCGAACAGUAUCGAGGGAAAUAAGAAGGAUAACAUCACCAUUGUGUAUACACCCUGGUCAAACCUCAAGAAGGAUGGAAGUAUGGCUGUUGGCCAAGUUGGAUUCAAAGAUCAAAAGAAAGUCAAACGUGUUCACGUGGAAAAACGGGAGAACCCAAUCGUCAAUCGCUUGAACAAAACAAAGGUGGAGAAAUUUCCGGAUCUCCGAGAGGAGAAAGAAGCGAGGCUUAAGGAAUUGAGAAGUCGCGAUCGCGAUGCUGUACAAGCCAGGCGCAAAGAAGAGGCUCGCGUUGCGAAGGAGCGCAAAGAGAAGGCGUGGCAGCGCGAUCACGCUUACGACGACCUUUUCUCGGAAGAGAACAUUGCGCAAUCCAGCAACCAAGAUCGCUCUGAGGACUUUCUGGACGACUUUUUCUAAACUU